UUUCAACCAAUGAAAUCUGUCGUCGUUGCAAGUUGUUUACUGUUUAGGAUUACAAAUUUUACACUACUAUUAGAUAUAGAAUCUAGAUCUAGGUCUAUGACUUUAUUUGUUAUUUUCUUCCCGACAGGCUCCAGAUCUUACUUAGCAGUCUUACUGCUUGACAGUCACAGUAUCUACUGAUUAUCUAGAAAUCAGACAGUCUGUCAACUAGAGACUGAAGCUGAUUAGAAGAUUCUGCAACAAUAGGUCCAUCAUAAGCGUAACGCAGUUCCAUUCUUGCUUUAGUUUUAGCCCUCAAUCUGGAUAUAUUGCAGAUUGUUCUUGUGGAUCUUAAAUUGUUUGAAAAUAAACAUAUUUGUGCAUGUCAUUGUAAGCAUAAUACAUAGGCAUGAAAAGGAUAUGCUGAGCAGUAGUUGCACGCACACAUCCCUGUUUGACACCUGUAAUGGAUGUUUGUACCAUGGAGUUUACAGAUAGUGAAAUACGUGAAGAACUAGCACGCCUUGGUUACAGAGAUGUGCCAGACAAUAAACUGGCAGAAUUUAAAAAAGAUCUUAUGAAGCUUAUAACUGCAGAAAAAAGCAAGAGCAACUCUCUAAACGGUAGUGCUGAAGUGGAUUACUUUCACUCAAAACCUGACUCAGAAUAUCAUGUGAUUAGUGAAGACUACAGUCAUCCAAGCAAAGGGAAAACAUAUACAUUCAAUGAGCCUGUGGAUGGAUACAGAGAAAACUGGCACUACAGAGGACUUGAUGAAGACACAGAGGAUUCUCCUGAUUACAGCUACAACAAAGCAACUAGAGCGCCAGGAUCCUACAGCCUAUAUGAAAUGCCAGAUAGUUCCAGAAGUGACAACAUUUACUGUCCUAACUAUGACAAUGUCAACAACAGUGUUCAUGAUGACGCUUUCUUGGAGACAGGGUUUGAAACAAAACAUUUGAAAAGAAAAACAAGCAGAAAAACAUCAAAUGGUAAAAGCAGUCAAGUGGUUGAUAAGUCUUCAAAUGCAUGUGAUAUGGCUGAUCUGUAUGCUCUUUAUGAAAGAGUUAAAAACAUGGCCAUCAGAGACUGUGAGUGUGGACAAACUGUUUCAGCUGCUUCUGAGUCUUCAUAUUGCAUGAGGGGACCCAAGAAAAAAACUUCAAUAAUUAAAAUUGGAGAACCUCCCCACACCAGAAAUUUAGUUCGGAUUGUCCCCUUUAAGCGUCACCAGAUGUAUCAAAGGUUGUGGAAACUACAGCCUGCUAUUGGUGAUGAUGUCAGAUAUCACACUAGGAAAACAGUGCAUGCUAAGAUGCUUAAAAGGGAGGACAUCAAAAUGUUUCAUAAAGUGUUUGUGCCUAACCCUUAUGUUGUGCCAACAGACAAGCCACGUUAUAAUUUACGAUGGAAAGUGCGCAAGGCGAAUGCCCUCUAUGAAAUGCCGCCACAUGGAUUUUAUCAUGAAGUGUAAAUUCAGUGGAACUUUGGUUUUCAAUAUUGAGAAAAUCUUAAAAAGAAAACAAAAAUAUAUUUUAUUGAAAUUCCAUCAAGUUCAUGACUCUUUUUUUAAACAUUAAAAUCAUAUAUUUCAUGAAAAAAAUAAGUAUUAAAAGAUAUAGAAUUAUUUCAUAAAAUUAUAUUCUUUUAUGUUAUUAUUUGUAAAAGGAAUGUGUAUUUUCUUUUAAAGAAAGAAUGUUUAUAAAGGAAACAUCUGAAGUUGUGAACAUUUAAUGUUACUUUUAGAAGUGUGACAUUCAAACAAAGAGAGAUGGUAGUUAUUGAAAAUUGCUUCUAUAACAUUUCAUCAUAAUAAAGACAAGUUACAAAGUU